CACAUCGCGGCGGCCCCGGUGCGCGGAGCGGCGCGGGCUGCCCGGGAACGGCAGCGCCGGGACAGCCAGCGAGCCGGGGCUGCCGGAGAUGCCGCUGGAGGAUGGGGACCCGGUGAGGCCGAGGGGACGGCAGGUCAACGGUGAGGUCAGCGGAAUCCUCCGGCUCGGGGGGAUGGGGGACCCGUCGUUCCGGAGCACGAGAGCACCUGGUGACAGCAGGACAGACGUGAUGGCAGAGGGCUGGGAGCCAGGGCCAGCGCUGGGUGACGGGGACGUGACCCCUGGGGGAGCCCCACAGCGAGCAGGGAAGCCCGAGGAAGCCCUGAUGACCGAGCUUUCGGAGCUGGUGCAGAAGGUGGUGAAGAGCAGCAGCUGGUGGGAACGGCACGGUGUGGACAUCAGCAUCCUUGCCUGCAGCUUCCUGCUGCUCCCGGCAGGGUUCCUGUGCCUGCGGUCAGCUCAGGCCAUCCCUUUCCUGGCGGGUGUCCUCACCCUUGGUGUGGUGCAUCACACCCUGACUGUCAAGGGCAGCCACCUGGCCAGCCACAAUGCCUUGACUGAGUCCAAGUCCUGGGGCAAAGUGUGGGCUAUCUUCUUCAUUGAGCUCUGCUCAGCUUUCACAGUUGAGCAGGCCACCUACAACCAUGUGAAGAUCCACCACGGCUACACCAACAUCAUCGGCCUGGGGGACUCCAGCACGUGGAAACUUCCUUUCCUGAACCGCUACAUUUACAUGUUCAUCGCGCCUCUCGCAGUGCCCAUCCUAACCCCUCUGGUUGCACUUGAUUUAUUGAGGAACGUGGAGUGGAAAGCAGCUUUACGGACCCUCUGCUGCAUGUUUCUGGGGUUUUACUGCCAUUACUGGCUUCUGCUCCACGUCUCGGGCUUCCAGUCACCGUGGUCCGCCCUGCUCUGCAUGCUGCUUACCCGCUCCCUCCUGGCCCAUCCCUACAUCCAUGUCAACAUAUUCCAGCACAUCGGCCUCCCCAUGUUCCCGGCUGACCGCAAACCCAAGCGGAUCCACCUCAUGAGCCUGGGUGUCCUCAACCUGCCCCGCAACGCCCUCCUCGAUUGGUCCUUCGGCCACUCGCUCAUCAGCUGCCACGUGGAGCAUCACCUCUUCCCCAGCCUCUCUGACAACAUGUGCCUGAAGAUCAAACCCAUCGUCUCCCAGUACCUGAAGCAGAAGAAGCUGCCCUACAACGAGGACACCUACAGCUCCAGGCUCAGGCUCUUCCUCCAGAGAUACGAGGAGCUGAUGGUCCAUGCUCCCCCCAUAACGGAGCUGGUGGGCAUCCAGUGAGGACUGCGGGGGCCGCAGCACUUGGGGGACUGUUUCCCGCAGGGACAUUCAGAGGGAUGGUUUUAGCAGGACCAACACCUCCAUGAAGUCAUGGUAUAGGAAACAUCCCUCCCUGAAGUCUUGCUUUUGGCUAGAAAAUGGUGCACAGAGCCACUGCAGGGGGGGAGCCAGGUGGUGCAACAGCAGGGACAGAAAUAUUGGGGUCCCCCCCACAGUUAUUCCCAGCCAGGGCUUAGUUUUAUCCACUCUGCUUUCACGCUUGGGGAAAGGAAACCCCCCCCAUCUGUGGGGGCUGAGGCACCACAUGCAGAACAUCUGGAACUGAGAAGCACUAGGAUCUGUAGGAUGUAGCUGCAGCGGUGUGGUCGGGGUCUCAGGGAACGGGUGGAUGGUGGGAAGGGAGUUGUGUCACUGCUGCUUGUGCUUUGCCUGACUUAGGGCUAAAUCAAUCCCUUCUAGAAACAAAGAUUUGGCAAAUUCAGCCUUAACACUUUUGGGUGGAUUUCCUUUAUCACUGGGUUUUGCUGCUGGAGGAAGUCUUAACUGGUAUCCUGUGAUGCCCAGGGUAGGACUGGGGGAAAGACCCUCACCCCAUGGGGGUGGCUGUGUUGGGGUGCCAGAGGUGACCCCAGACCUGGUCAUUGCUAUGGCAAGAAUUUAUCAAGGGAAUUAUCUGCCAGAGGCAGGUGUCCAGGGCUUGGGAGACUUUCCCUGUUUAGGGAGGGUGAACUGUGCCCACUCUGCUGCUGCCAGGGGAUGGGAUGCUCACGUGGCCAGGUCAAGCCCCCUCUGGGAAGCUGUGUCUGGCUUUACCAGGGUGCUCUGCUGUCCCAGACCCAUGACAAAGUCCACCCCAGUGUCACGGUGGGCAGCUGGCAGCAGAAGGGGCAGAUGGCCAAACUGGGACCAGUGUGGCUUUGCUCUGAGCCUGAGGUUUUGCUCCGUGGUUUGAGUUGUCCUCCCAUCUGGGCUGGACCCCCACAGUGCCACGUUGUGAAUUUAUAAGGCUUCACAGGCCACUGUGUCCGAAGGCACAGGGAUGCUCUGCCUUGGUCCUGGCCUGUGGCAGGAUGACUGUUGCAGCAGGAAAUCCAUGGUGCUUCUCCUCCACUGAGUCCAGGAGCAUCCUCAGAUGCACUGGAGAAGAGUCCCUGUGAUGUGAGGAUGGAGCUGGGAUGGCCAUGGCAUCCCUGUGCAGUUGAUCCAGACUCAGGACAUGGAAGAGUGGCCCUGGAUCCAUCCAGUGUGACCCCUUUGGCAUCAGAAAUGUUGAAUUAUUGAUUUAUCCUGGGCUGGGGCCCAGGGGCUGCUGACACACUGAUCUGGUGGCAUUGCCACCUCUAUCCAGGCCCAUGUGGGUCAUUCAUCCAGGACAUUAUGAAACACCCAAAGGACAAAUUCCCAUCCUUUGAGCAGGGGUUAGGCUGGCUCUGUAGGCAGGGGAGCAGCUGGAGGGGCAUGGCCAGAGCAAAUGCUCUGUGGGGUCGAAGACCCUCCCUGGUACUGCCCCCCACCCCAAUUCAUCUCUCAGUUGAGCGUCAGAGAUAAAUUAAAAUAAAUGUGACAAAUUAUUGGCAUUCCUAGCUCCAGCAAAGGGGUGAGGGAGCAUUAGAGGUGCUUUUGGUUCAGGCAGGGUAAUCAUAACCUCACAUGUUCCCAUCUGUGGGCACAAAAUGCUCUUUUGCCCUCUCCUGCUGCAAAGAGAUCAGCCUCAAAAUGUUCCCAAGCAUUGGUCGGAGCAAUAGUCCUUUUCCCAGCUGGAUUUUACGGCUGUUGUUUAAAGCAAUGCCAUCUGAAAGCAAAUGUUUGCAGGUCGCUCAGCCUCUGGGAGACGGCCUAUGAUUUGGGAAACAGGUGGAUUAUUCUCUGCCAGAACUGGUGGGUACAGAAGUUAAUGGGGGAAAGGGAGAAUUCUGGGACAAAAGGAGGAUUCUGACACCUAUGCUUGGAACCUUCCAAAUUUAAACCAACUGCUUUUAUGGAUGACCUCUAUGGUGAUAUUUGGAGCCUCCAGCCUUGCAUCAAUCAAAUCGGUGAUUGCUGUGCUGACCUGAGGAUGAGGAUUUGGAGCCAUCAGAAUUCCUGGUACUCGCCACAACCCUUGGAAGAAGCGGGUGCAGAAGGAGGCACAGAGCCAGCUGCCAUUCUCAGCGUGCCUUUGCAGAAAGCCAUCAGCUCAUUUCCAAGACCAGGAGAGAAAGUGUGUUGGUUUUAUGAUCCAUAUUAUAACCGGCUCCUGGCUGUAAACCGCUCAUGGUCUUAAUUGCAUUUUAAAAGCCCCGUCAAGCACUCGCCUGCGUGCUCUGGCAUCAGGCCAACUUUUAAAUGUCUGCUAGGCCCUAUGAGAUGAUUUUUCUGGCCAGUGUGUUGUGCAGGGGCUGAACCAAGAUGAAGAUGUGAUGCUCCUGCAUUGGGAGGUGUGAGCACCAGCAUUUGAAAUGUGCUGAGUGAUGGAGAUGAAGGA